AGAGCACUACACUGGUGCGUCCCGCGCUUUUCGCGCGCCUCCCUUCAACGUCGCGACGCUCCGCGCCAUUUUCUCGCGCAUGUGGGCGACACUGACGGUUGAGCGAGGGCGCUCGCUUUGAACGCCAUUAACGCGGCCGUCGUGAAUGAACGUCGACCUCGACCGGGUGGCUGGCGUCCAUUGAUAGGGCGCGCAGCGGGCACCGACCGCUCACACGGGGGCGGCGUGCUGCACGCCCUCGAUUGCCGAACCAAACGUGCCUCAGUCGAGGAUGUGGCGUUCUCCGCGCGACGACACGAAACGCGUGCGAAAUCUGUGUUCAUUUAUCAGUAGCAGCUCGUGAACCUCAGUGAUUAUAGUGCCGCAUCUAGUUCGUAUAAGUAGUUUCUUAAUAUAAUAUUCUGUGAUCGUGUCAAUUCACUAGAACUUAAGUUAAGUAUUAAGGAGUACAGUGUAAAAGCGCCCGCUGCUUUGCUUCCGCAUUUAGUGUUGUGAAUUUACAUGUGAGUGUUCGUCAAGCAGAAAGCGCAAACGGUGGUGUGGUGUGAAGUGUGGUUAUGCACCCGAGCAAUGCUCUCAGUGAUCGCAAUGCGUCGGCCGGAGGACGAGGAGUUGGGCGGUCGCUGCGAAGGCGACGAAUUUGUAGACAUAUCUCAAAUGCAGUUGUUAGUGGAGGCGGGCCCGAGCGGGCUGCACUACGGAGGCCCGCCGCCGCCGCACGCGCAGCCCCAGCCCUACGUGCAGCCGCCCGCGCACGUGGUCACCACAACAACUGCCUCAGUCGAUGAUCUCUUCGCUCUAUACUUUACACCCACUUCGCACGCUGAUCAUGUUCUUGGCAGCCUACCAGGCGAUGAAUUAUCAUUGGGAUGCUCCCCGCGGCGACAUAAGCACGAGUCGUCCUUGUCGCCGGGAGCACGUGCUGAAGAUGCAAGCAAUGCAUCCAGCGCAAGUGCCUCCCUAUACGGACCCCCUUCUUCCAGCACAGGGAAACGGGCGCCAUCGCCACCUUUACAGUGGCUUUUACCACCAGGCCCCGGGCCUGGUAGUGUUGACAAAUACUUUCAACAAGAAUACGAAGAGCGUGUUGAAUUACUUCCCCCAGAGUGUCAAGCAUAUUGUCCACCGCAACAAACUUGCCCUUCUGCACAACAUUGUGAAUAUAGACCGCCACCACAACCGUCGCAGCAACAACACACGUGGGAACCGCAAGAGUACGCGAGCGCACCGCAACCAACUCCGGGGCCUUCCGGUUUGCCAAAACGCGAGCCCUAUCCAAGCCCAGCUGUUCCGAGCGACAGGCCCGUUCAGCUUGCAGAAUAUAACCCAUCCACAAGUAAAGGUCACGAGAUCCUAUCACAAGUUUAUCAACAAAGUGCGCAGCCACUUCGGCUCGUUGCUGUUAAACCACGCAAAUAUCCUAAUCGCCCUAGCAAAACGCCCGUCCACGAACGCCCCUAUGCCUGUCCAGUAGAUGGGUGCGAUCGCAGGUUUUCUCGAUCAGACGAACUGACACGGCACAUUCGUAUUCACACAGGUCAAAAACCAUUUCAAUGCCGUAUUUGUAUGCGCUCGUUCAGUCGAUCAGAUCAUUUGACAACGCACGUACGGACACACACUGGAGAAAAGCCAUUCGCAUGCGAUGUCUGUGGUCGUAAAUUCGCACGUUCCGAUGAAAAGAAAAGGCACGCAAAAGUACACCUUAAACAACGCCUGAAGCGGGAGCGAGGCGGAGGCGGACCAGCUCACCAUCACGAGCCUCAUCCGCACGCGCCGCUCUAGCAUCCGCCUGUGACGUCGACGGUGACCUCUGCAACGAUGACCACGCCAGAGCCUGUACCCGGGCCUUCGCAUGAGUACAAUUAUUGCAGUGACACCUCUUCGUCAUCGGAUUGAACUUUUUACUCGAAUUGAACUUACUAGAGGAUUUCAUCGCAUAUAUGUUAAUGAAUUGUCUCUGAAAAAGCUUUAUUAACUCUACAGUUAAAAAAACAUUAAAUUUAUACUUUUUAUACAUGUUUGUAGUUACAUACUACGAUAGGAGAUUGCCUACUCGUAUCUAAUUAGUUAGGGUAAUUGAAAUAAUUCACCUGGGAACAAAUGGCCUAAAGUGUCCAGAAUAUAAAAUAUUUGCACGUUUUCUAGUGAAGCAUUGUAUGUCCUUCAAAAUGAAUUAAGUGAAUGAUUUUACAUUAUAAUUGUUGAUGUAUCUCGAACAUAUCCGAGUUUGCGUAAAGUCCCGCGGCUAAAGGUCCGGACGACCCCUCAUAGAUAUUGAUUAGUUCAUCGUUUCAAGUGUCUGUGUCAGUGGUGAGUGACGUUAAACAUCGUGUAAAGCCAACGAGACUAUAAUACAAAUUAAUGAUUUCGAUCUUGAUUGUAGAUUAAUCGAUAACUAUGCGGAGGCACAAAUCUUACUGGGACUAUACUUAUUGUAGGUAAUUAGAUUAAUUUAUUGAUCUUAUUUUUGACGAAACUAACGUGAAACUGUGCCAUUAAUUUAACUUUAUUAUGUGCCACUGCAAAUUUUAUUUACAUAUUUAAUUACUUUGUACCAACUAAGCAUAACCUGACUGCUGAAUAAGUGAUAUAUUAUUCUACUAUUGUUUCGUUAAAGAUAUUUCUAGUCGAAAUGUAAUAUAGACAUGAGAGUAUCGACUAUUGUUUACUUUAUUCGUAUAAUUAUGAAUUCAAUACUUGUAAUAAUUCUUCAACAACUGGCCGUCAUUGACUUUCUUGCUCAAUAUAUUUCGUUACUAAAUUUGCUCAAAUAUGCUUCAUACUUACAUAUCCUUUAACUUAUAGCUAACAAACUUUUUUAUUUUCGCUUUCCCCUUGUUUUGUUGCGUUGCUCUCUGUUGACUACACUAGUUACAGUCACGUGUCCAGUGGCAUAUAUUUUUACAAAGUGCGUAUUAUAGACUAAUCUAGAAAAUGUAGAAUAAUGAGCUGUAUUAUGAUCUCUUAAUCAUUUUAUUAAUUAAUUUUCAAUUAUAGAUAUGAAAACCUCUUAUUUAUAAUACUCAUAAGUUUUUGUAUAGAUAUAGUUAAGAGUGUUGUAAGUUUUCAUUUCUCAAUACUUCUGUUACUGUGAUUAAGAUUAAGAUUUGCAACUCAAUUUUUAUGUGGUGUGUUUUGAACGCAAUCACUUGUUUUGAAUGCAUGUAUUGUCACAUAUUUCUGAUCAUUUUGUUUAUUAAAUCAUUAUUCUUAGUCGUGAUUAAAUCACAAGAUCGUGCACACAAAUGUGAGUGAAUAUAAUUUAUUGAACGUCUUUGACAUGACAGCGCCGCAUUAUUAUAUGUUGUCGUUUAUCAAGUACCUAAUACAAAAUGAAUGAACUGUGACAAUUAUAGAACUUUUAUAAAGAAUUUCCUCCAUUAACAGAUUAUAUAAUUACUAUAUUUUGAUAGGUAGGUAAUUUAAAAUUUUACUCAUCAUGCUUAAGAAAAUUAGUGGUAUGCUGUACGGUCGAUACACUGUUUAAAAGUUACGCGUAUUGUGGUAGAAUUCAUUAUUUUGAAAAAAGCGGCCUUUGAAACCUCGUACCUUCUCAAAAACCACUGAUCGAAAUAUCCGACAAUAAAAUACACACCCUAUUUACAAGCUGCCCAACUCUUUUCAUACAUAAAGUAACUACUAGUUUUAAAAACAAAUAUUCGAAGCUAUAUUUCCGUUUUAGUACAUUUUGUACAAAGAUAUAGGGCCUAUCUAUUUGUUGAAAAUGUAUGACAGAUGAGCUGGCAGGCGAAUGUUACUCGCAUUACCACAUACUGUACGCACAAUAAAAUUACCUACGACUACGUACAAGUGGUAUACGAGUUUAGAAUUUUUACUGCUGUAGACGAAAUGAGACGAAGUCUUAUAUAGAGAAGGCUAGAGUAGAUAGGAUUUUAAUAAAGCGAAUUCAUGUUAUUCGAUUGAGUGACAAUUGAAACGGAAAGACUAAAAAUUACGCAUUUUACGUAAUGUUGCAUCGAUUUAUCGUUAUUGAUACGAUGUUCUUAUUAGGAGUUCGACUGGCCCAUUGUUUAUUGCCUUUCGGUACUUCGCCUCACCGAGAUCCGACGAUGAAGGUUCUUUAAAAAUUGUUGACUCUCAAUGCGUUGAUGGCUCUAAUGUCUAAUGUGCCACAACAUAUUGUCAUACCUACUUACUGCUUACUAGAAUUUUCCUUCAAUCACUAUCGAAAUUAUAUGGUGUUCAUCUACCGUUGACAAAUUUAAACGAAUUCUUUAUGAAUUUUGUAGUGAUUUACUGUUUAACUCUUUUUAUGUGUUUCACCUGAGUGAAAGUUGUUGAUGUUCUAAGAUGUAAUUAAUUAAUUUUAAGUAGUAAUGUUAAACUUCUCUAAUUUUUACUAAAUUAUAUUUAAUUAAUAUAUUUGUAAAUACACUGACUAAAUUCGGAUUUAAUGUGUAUAUAAGAGAAAAGAAAGUUUUAUUUAAUAAUGAUGAUCCACCUAAGGUGAGAAAAAUACAGAUUGUUGAUAAUUUA